AUGCUCGGUCGUACCGCUCUCCGUAAAGCGGCGCUAAACUCGUCCAAGCUUGCUUCAACUAAGAUGCUACGACCAAUGGGCAUUCAUAACACCGGCAUCGUGCAAAAGAAAGAGGAGGAGAUUGCCGUCCCGACGCAGGGUCUGCUGGAUCAGGCUGGUCUGACCGAUUGGAAAAUCUCCGCCCCAAUCAUUGGCGCCUUGGCCAUUCCUGCCAUCUCAAAUCACUUUUACGUGCUAAACGAGGAGUCGCAAUUAGCCUGCUGUUUUCUGCUCUUUUGUUCGGCUACUUACAAGUUUGGUGGCGAGAUGAUUGCCUCGUAUUUUGACAGCCGUGCUGCUGCUAUCUUGGAUGAGCACAACGCCGUGGAGGACGCAAACUUGAACUUGGCAAAGGAGACGCUAGAAACCCAUAAGGCUAUGCUUAACAUCCAUGAAGACAUUGCUGCUGUGGCUGAGGCUCACAAGGAAGCCAUCGCUCUGCUGUGCGAGGUGCAGGCUUACAAGCUGCGCCACAAGACGCGCGAGACCUUUGUAAAAAAUCUUGAGUCUAUUCGCGAAAUUGAAGCCAGCUACAACAUUGAGCUGCAGAAGAAUAUGGUGGCUAGCGCUACGAGUAAGGUUCGUGCGUUUAUUCAGACUGGCGAUAAGAAGCUCAAGGACGCCGCCUUUAAGCACGCCGUAGACAUUUUGGGCAACGUCAAUGUGGACGAUAAGGAGGACGACGUGGCUGCUCUCUUCACUAAGGAGCUGCGCGCCUACGCGUCAGAACUUGAGGCUAAACAGGGCCAGGUGGUCAAGCUCACGGAGGCAGAACAGAGCGAGCUUCAGGCUGACUUGGAUGCCUACAUGAACCGUUUUGGCCUCGAGGGUGCCGACUUUAAGGCUCCAAAGGAGGUCAAGCUUGAGCUUAUGUAA